AUGGUUGGCCGACGUCUAUUUCCGCAGUACAACGUUGAACCUGUCCCAAGCGACUUGAUCCCCAGUCUUAGUCGGUCAGAGCCACAAGUCUUAUGGCUUGGGUGUUCUGAUAGCGGAUAUGAGGAAACAACAAUAUUAGACCUCAUCCCAGAGGAGAUGAUUGUGGUUAGGAACUGUGGUAAUAUGGCCCUCACAAACGACCUGGGCUGGUCAAGUGCUGUGCAUCAUGCGGUAAACAAUCUCCAAGUGAAUCAUAUCAUCGUCUGUGGGCAUCACGGAUGCCAGCUUGUGAAGCCAGACCCAGUUGCUCCCAUCUCAGAAUAUCCCUGGCAAAGGAAACUAAGUAGUUUGCAAGUGUUGCACCAACACCAACUGGAGUUCCAGGACACUCAGAAUCGCAACCGCUAUAUGGUGCAGGCGAACGUCGUCGAACAAAUGCACCUUUAUAUUUCGCCAUUUUCUUCUUCCGGCCCGGGUAAAGAUAUAUUGAACUUGAAAGAACCAACCAAGGUGUGGCAUGAUUUGGGCCCUUCCUGGCACAAGACAUUCCCGCAUGUUUUUGACUACCAAUAUGCACAUAAGUCAUCCAGGGCACUAGGACAAAAAGUGCUAGACCAUCUACUGGCCCAAGGAAUCAAGGCCGAGGGAGUCGAGAGAGAUCUAGACCAUGGCGUAUGGGUUCCAUUCAAGUUGAUGUUUCCAGAAGGAGAGGACGAUCUGGACGUGCCAAUCUUACAAAUUUCGACAUACGCUGGAAAUGACCUAGACGCCCAUAUCAAACUCGGCCAAGCUCUUUCUUCUCUGUAUAGCGGCGCCCUCCCCCCACCAACAAAGCUGUAUACAAACCACCGACUAACAAAAAUUAGUGAAGGUCGUAUUCUUCUUAUCGGCUCGGGAAUGCUGUGUCAUAACUUGAGGGCCACUCGAGAAGCAACCACCGAUACAAGCAUCGCCAAGGCCAUAGAAGCAGCCGCCACUAAAGCUCUCAAGGCACCAACUGCAGAAGAAAGAAAUGUGCAAUUUCUGGCAUUGCAGAAGCGUGCGGAUUGGAUCGACGCCCACCCGACUGAGGAGCAUGUCUUGCCGUUGUACAUGACUCUGGGUGCUGGGCAGGACUUAGAGGGCUACAAGGUGUGGAAUGACGAUAAAUGUAUCAUCGGGCAGUCUUAUUAUAGCUUCCGACUGGGAGCUAUUGCUUAG